CUGUAUCACCUUGAUUGCACGCCGUAUCCAAAGAUGACCACAGCUCUAGCUAGGUUGCGAGCCGUUGCGGCAAAGCGCAAGCUCGUCUGUGUUACUGCCUGGGACUUCCCCAGGGGAUUACUCGCAGAGACAGCGGGGAUUGACCUGGUCCUAGUUGGCGACAGUCUCGGCAUCACGGCCCUUGGCUACAAGGAUACAAAGGCAGUCACCUUAGACGAGAUGGUGCAUCACACGCGGGCCGUGGGCCGAGCCUUCAAGACCGGCUUUCUCCUGGCUGACCUCCCUCUUGGUUCCUACGAGAAGUCCACUGAGCACGCCAUCGAGUCCGCCAUCAGGCUCGUCAAAGAGGCCGGUGCACACGGAGUCAAGCUCGAGGGAGGCUGCGACGUGAGCCCUACCAUCCGGGCCAUCUCAAAGGCUGGGAUUCCUGUGAUAGGGCACAUCGGCCUCACGCUGCAGAGAGAUCUAGAUGCGUCGAACCAAGUAGAUGACAGCAACGACGCUUGCGCAGGGGUUCUGGCCGAUGCCAAAAGCGUUCAGGACGCCGGUGCCGUGGCGGUUGUUGUAGAGGCUGUGGCCUCCCAGACAGCCGCGAAAAUCACUAGUGCUUCGGGAAUUCCCACUAUUGGGAUUGGGUAA